AUGACACUAACAGAGCCGCCAAUGAGCAGUCACGCCUUCCGUAGAGGCACAUCGCGGUGCGAUGACAAAAAAUCCACAGCAUCACCACGUCGCGACAUAGCUCUCAUCCGUCCUUCGUCUCUAGUCCCUCACUCUCCUCUCCCAUCCCGUCCUCUCCUCUCUCAUCCCUUGCUCGCAUCUCUCAUCCCUCGCCCGCAUCUCUCACCCCUCACCCGCAUCUCUCAUCCCUCGCUCGCAUCUCUCAUCCCUUGCUUGCAUCUCGCAUCCCUCGCUUGCAUCUCUCAUCCCUCGCUCGCAUCUCUCAUCCCUCGCUCGCAUCUCUCAUCCCUCGCUCGCAUCUCUCAUCCCUCGCUCGCAUCUCUCAUCCCUCCCUCGCAUCUCUCAUCCCUCGCUCGCAGCUCUCAUCCCUCGCUCGCAUCUCUCAUCCCUCGAUCGCAUCUCUCAGGUCGCACCCCCCCUUCAUCUCCGUUCCACACCUCCUUGUUCCCCAGGUGGCACCCCCCCUUCAUCUCCGUUCCACACCUCCCUGUCCCCCAGGUCGCACCCCCCCUUCAUCUCCGUUCCACACCUCCUUGUCCCCCAGGUCGCACCCCCCCUUCAUUUCCGUUCCACACCUCCCUGUCCCCCAGGUCGCACACCCCCUUCAUCUCCGUUCCACACCUCCCUGUCCCCCAGGUUGCACCCCCCCUUCAUCUCCGUUCCACACCUCCCUGUCCCCCAGGUCGCACCCCCCCUUCAUCUCCGUUCCACACCUCCCUGUCCCCCAGGUCGCACCCCCCCUUCAUCUCCGUUCCACACCUCCCUGUUCCCCCCCACAGAGCACCUUAUCACUCCCUCACAAUGCACUACCCCUCCCAUCCCUUUGCAUCCUCUCCCCUCCAAUCCCAUUUAUUAUCUUCGCUUCCCAUCCCUCCCCUUCCCUUCCACAGACCUCCCUGCACUUCCUCUGCCCCUCUCCUCACAGGCCUCUCCGCUCUCGUCCCAUCCCCCGCUCUCCCCUCCCUCUUCGCUCUGAUCCCUAAAUCUGCUCACUCAUCCCUGCCCCGCCAUCCCUCUCACAUCCCGUCCUCCGCUCUCAUCCCUCCCUCUCUGCUCUCAUCCCGCCCUCCCCUCUCUCAACAACUUCCCUCUUUGCUCUCAUCCCGUCCUCCGCAUGUGCUCAUCCCUCCCUCUCUGCUCUCGUCCCGCUCUCAACAACUUCCCUCUUUGCUCUCUUCCCGUCCUCCGCUCUCUUAUCCCUCCCUCUCUGCUCUCAUCCCGCCCUCCCCUCUCUCAACAACUUCCCUCCUUUCUCUCAUCCCGUCGACCGCUCUCCCAUCCCUGCCCACCCAUCCCUCAUCCCGUCCGCCGCUAUCUCUUCCCUUCCUCUCCUCUACCAUCCCCUCCUCCGCACCCUCACGCCUCCCUCCCCUCACCCAUCCCGUCUGCCGCUCUCUCAUCAGUCCCUAUGCCCGUGUUCCCCACUCCCCCGCAGGGCGCGUCGUGCCUGUUUCUCGUCCGGGCCGUGCUCUACCCCGCGCUACAGGUGCAAGGGCCUCGGUCUUAGUUUAG